AUGUCGGAAUCCGCCAUCAGUCUCGACGUCAAUGACAUCAAGGAGUGGCGUUCAAUCGUCACUCUCAUCGCCUUCGUCGCAACAAAUCUUGCUGUGCUUUUCCCUUUCGACGUCCCUGUCUACCUGCCCAGAGUGCUCGUUGAGGGCAUCUCUCGUCUUCUGCGGCGCCUGCGCGUCAUCUCGCCACAGGACUCCCAACAUGGACUGCAGGGCUAUGCUAUGGGGAAGCCCAAGGCCUUUACUCGGCUGCUUCUCCCCAUCAACUUCCUUACCGCGCCUAUCAUAGCAGACCUGUUUCUGCUUGCCAUACUCGCCAUCGGGCGCGAGGAGGUGGCCGCAGGGACCAUCGGCGCCCACCACAUCAACCCCGUCGAUAUCAUGGUCUUCUUCAUCACUCUGGCAUACAUCGCGAUCUCUAUCGACGCCUCAGGUCUUAUCAGAUAUUUGGCGUUCAAGGUCCUGCAAUGGGGUGGCAAGGCCGGGCACAAGUUGUUCGUCUACCUCUACACCUUCUUUUUCGCCCUCGGCUCCUUCAUUGGAAACGAUCCCAUCAUUCUCUCUGGAACGCCCUUUUUGGCCUACAUGACCCGCGUGUCGAGCAACAUCGAGCACCCGAGGGCUUGGAUCCAUACCCAGUUCGCUAUCGCUAAUGUCGCGUCUGCCAUUCUCGUCUCCUCGAACCCAACCAAUCUCGUGCUUGCCGGUGCGUUCCAGAUCAAGUUUGUGGAGUAUACGGCCAACAUGAUCGUCCCGGUUAUCUUCACAGCCAUUCUGCUGUUCCCCUGUCUUUUAUACAUCGUAUUCCGAAAGGACAGCCUGGUGCCAAAAGUAAUAACGAUGCACGGGCUGCCCGAAGAGCAUCGCGCGAAGAAACCAGUCAAUCCGAAUAUCCCCCACGCCCGAGGCAACCCUGAGGAGCAGGAGGACGAGGACAAGAAACGGCUCGAACUGGAAGAGAUUCUGAACCCAUACCUUGAUAAGGCAAGCGCCACGGUCGGCGCGGUCAUCAUGGCUGCCACGCUCAUCACGGUGCUCGUCUUGAACGCGGUGAGUUCAAGCUCGGGUGAGCACCCCGUCUUCUGGGUCACACUUCCAGCUGCCACCGUCAUGUUCUGCUGGGACGUCUCUUAUGGAUGGAUUCACCGCGCCGAGACCCGCGAGAUAGCAAGGAAAGGCCGGGAGGAGGCCGAGACCGCGCGUGCCGAGCGAGGACUGAGGGAGCAGGAGGUAGCCGCCAUCGGUACGGGCCAGCACCGACGCCUGAGCUCGAGCCAGGACACGAACUCGGCGGCAUUGAACUCUGAGAAGGCCCCAUCCCGAGAUAGCAAUCGCGGUGACGACGGAGCAGAAAUUUCGCCGACGGCCGCCCGACCUGGCGAGAUCAACGAGAAGUCUGACCCACGCAACAAUGGCUCAGGCAUGGGACAGAAUGGCAGCGCUGAGCCGGCGAGUGAGAAGAGGAACAGGGCCGCUGUUCCGACAUAUGAGGCACACCCCCGCACACUUGCAUGCGCCUCGGACGGCGCCCACAGCUGGUGCCAGGAGACCUUCCCCACUGCUACAGCCGUGCUGUCUCUCCUGCCCUUUGCCCUUGUGCCAUUCGCCUUCGCCAUGUUCGUGCUGGUAGAAGCGCUCGUCACCAAGGGCUGGGUGCCGGUGUUCGCAUACGGGUGGGACCACUGGGUGAAUAAGACGGGAGUCAUCGGCGCGAUUGGUGGUAUGGGGUUUCUGUCUGUGAUCUUAUGCAAUUUCGCGGGCACCAACAUCGGCACGACCAUCCUUCUGUCUCGGGUGAUCCAGGCGUGGGCGGAAAUUCACAACAAGAACGGUAUCCCCAUCUCCGAUCGGACGUUCUGGGCCACCGUGUAUGCCAUGGCACUGGGUGUCAACUACGGUGCCUUCAGCACCGCCUUCAGCGCGUCGUUGGCCGGCAUGCUGUGGCGUGAUAUCCUGGCCAGGAAGCACAUCAAGGUUCGGCAGCUCGAAUUCGCCCGCGUCAACUUCCCCAUCAUCGCCAUAUCCAUGAUAAUAGGCUCUGUAAUCCUCAUUGGAGAGGUGUACAUAAUGAGGAGCGACACCAGGCCGUACAGUCUGGGAUGA